AUGGUGGACUUAUCCUUAUCUAUCACUUUAGAUGCAAUCAGGAAUAAGUCUGUUAAGACUACUGACGAGGGAAAAAGGAAAAGAGAAGAGGAGAGCUCUCAUCGAUCUGACAAGAAGAAAAAGGGAAAUUCUAAGCACAAGAAAAAUUUCGAGUUCAAGAAAAACUCGAGUCAGUCUGAUAAAGACCCAAAUGCAGUAACUGCAGAAAGCGUCAUUCUGGAAAAUACCAAGAGUCACAAGACUUUAGAAUGCAAGGAGUUGAAGAACGCAACUUGUUACAACUGUAACGAGGAAGGGCACAUCAAAACCAAUUCCCCAAAACUUGCAAAGAAGCCUGAAGAGGCCAAGAAAACAAACGCGCGAGUCUUCCAAAUGAACGCCCAAGAGGCGGUACAUAAUGAUAACGUCAUAACAGUUGGUGUUGGGGACCAAGUCUCGAGUAUGACAAACUCGGAUAAGACAACCGUCAAUCGCGUCAUUGAUGGUGCGACUCAUGCUAAUGAUGCUACAAUUGUGAACCUCAAAAUUAACAGAGAUGUUCUCCAAGCUAUGAUUGACGCAGCUGUUGGAAAAGCUAUUAGAAAGGUCAUGAAAAAGUUCAAAGAGCCAAAUGCUACUUUCUCCAAAUCCCAUUUAAAACCACACUUCAUUACUCACGAGAAGGAUCUUAUUCAUGCCUCGAGUGCAAAGAAUGAACCAAAAAGGAAAAGGGAGAAAGAUAACUCCAAGACUUCUAAGAAAAAGGGGAAGCUAGAGCUUAAUAAGAACCAACAAAAGUCCAAUAAGAAACUUGUAUGCAAGACAUGCUAUAAAAGACACUGGGGACAGUGUCGAAUGGAACAAAGGCCAAGACCGUGUGGCAUCUGUAAAAGUACUAGUCAUCCGUCUCACGAAUGUAGGGACAUAAAGAAUGCAGUCUGCUUCGGCUGUGGCGAGAAAGGCCACAUCAAGACUACAUGCCCUAAAUCUGUCAAGGGAUGUAUGGUUAAGAAUAAAAAGCCUAAGAAUGAAAGCGCUUAA